UGAAAGCACACGCACGCACGCACGCACGCACACACACACACACAUACGUUCAAGUGAAACUAAUAAGAGGAUGAUGAGACGCAGAGGAAGCUGCCACAUUAAAGACAAAACUAAGUUGGCUUUGCUUAAGACAUAUCAUACACAAGUGACAGAAAAGAACAGCACGAGAGGCAGCAUUUCAAUAAGGAUCAGAUUUUGAAUCCGGAUGACAAUCUGGAAGAGGAAGAAUUAUCCUUGGAUACCCUGCACAGCUUGGAAUGUGGUUUCAUGAGCUCUAAUGAGGAAACAGAAAAGCAAAGCGGACAGAUUUCAGAGACGACGGCAGAGAGGGGGUAAAGAUGAAGAAGUCAGAGAUGUUCGGCUUCUCCCUGGAGACAGACAAUCGGACGGAGGAGGAGAAGAAGCAGCAGCAAAAAGCGGCAAGGGUGGCUCCCAUGGACACCGAUUACAACGAGGAAAUGGAGGAAACCAAGCCGCAAAUCAGAUUCAAUCUCAACUUUGACAAACGCAUUCAAGGCAAAGAGCAGAGCGACAGGAAGAGAGAAAGCGAGACCUUUCCCAUUGACAGGCUCUUUGAAGCAGUGGCCAGCCGGGACGUCAGGAAGCUGGAGGGCCUGCACCAGUACCUGCACCAGAACACGAAGAAGCUCUCUGACUCCCUAUAUCAGUCCUACGGUAAAACCGCCCUGAUGAAAGCUCUCCUGCACCUCAGAGACAACGAGAACGAGACUGUGGAAUUAUUAAUCGACAUCUCGGAGAAGCUGGGCGACGUUCAAGAGUUUGUGAACGCAGCCUACACCAGCAGCUAUUACAAAGGCCAGACAGCUCUCCAUAUAGCCAUUGAGAGGAGGAGUGUUGCCUAUGUGAAACUACUGGUCAGUAAAGGAGCAGAUGUCCACGCCAAAGCCUGCGGGAAAUUCUUCCAGCCACACGACGGCCCCUACUUUUACUUUGGCGAGCUGCCCCUGUCUCUGGCAGCCUGCACCAACCAGGCUGACGUGGUUGACUUCCUGAUGGCGAACGAGCACCAGCGGGCAGACGCAAAGCUGACGGACUCCCAGGGCAACACGGUGCUUCACGCCCUGGUGGUGGUGGCCGACAACUCGGAGGAGAACACAGACAUGAUCACCAGCAUGUACGACCGCAUCCUCAAGACGAGCGCCCGACUGCAUCCGACACUGAAUCUGGAGGACAUCGAGAACCUCAAGGGGCUCACGCCGCUCAAAAUGGCCGCCAGGACUGGCAAGAUAGGGCUUUUCUCACACAUCCUGAAGCGGGAAUUCCAAGACAGCGACACCAAACAUUUAUCUCGUAAAUUCACCGAGUGGGUUUACGGGCCCGUCCACAGCUCCCUGUACGACCUGUCCUCGGUGGAUUCCUACAGGGACGGCUCAGUUUUGGAGAUACUGAUCUACAGCUGUGACAUUCCCAACCGUCAUGAGAUGCUCGAGACGGAGCCUCUGAGCCAACUGCUGGACGAGAAGUGGAAGAAGUUUGCGGGUCAAAUGUUUUUUCUCAACUUUCUGUUUUACAUCCUGUACCUGAUCAUCUUCACUGCGGUGGCCUACAAUAAGAGGGGCGGAAAGCCACCAUUUCCCCUUGAACGCACCACAAUGGGUUACCUGUAUGUUUCAGGCCAGCUACUGACACUGCUGGCAAACAUCUAUUUCUUCUUCAGAGGGAUGAUUGACAUGUGUAGGAAGUGCCCAAACCUGAAGACAUUGCUGAUUGAUGGAUAUUAUGAGAUUCUUUUUUUAGUGCAGGGCGCCCUCUUCCUGGUCUCAGCUGGGCUGUAUCUGUUCGGGCAGGAGGAGUACCUGGGCGUCAUGGUGCUGUGUCUCGCCCUGAGUUGGGUGAACCUGCUCUACUUCUCCAGGGGCGACAGGAACAUGGGCAUCUACAGUGUCAUGAUACAGAAGAUGAUCCUCAGCGAUAUCCUGCGGUUUCUUUUUGUCUACAUUGUCUUCCUCUUUGGAUUUUCCGCAGCGGUGGUCACCCUGCUCAUAGAGCCUCCUGUGAGAAACGACACUCAGAAUGCCCAGAAGACGCGUCUCUUUGGUUCCGUCAACACUGGUGAGGAGUGCAUCAAGCCCACCUUCACAAGUAUCUCCUUCACGACGCUGCAGCUCUUCAAGUUCACCAUUGGCAUGGGCGACAUGGAGUUCUCCCAGGGCUACCACAAGUACAAGGAGGUCUUCUACGUGCUCCUCCUCAGCUACAUCAUACUCACCUACAUCCUGCUGCUCAACAUGCUCAUCGCCCUCAUGAACCGCACCGUGGAGCGGAUCACCAUGAAGAGCAGCAGCAUCUGGAGGCUGCAGAGGGCAGUCACUAUCCUGGACAUGGAGAAAAGGCUGCCUAGCUGCCUGAGGAGGAGGUUCCGUUGUGGGGUGGAGAAAAAGCUGGCCACCGCUCUUGGAGAGGACCGUCGCUGGUGUUUCAGAGUGGAGGAAGUCAACUGGAACAAAUGGAACAUCAACCUGGGCAAAAUCAAUGAGGAUCCCGGUUCCUGUGAUUGUUUACAACAGCCUGCGUCAGACUCCCCGCUGCACAGACCAAACAGAGGGAGGAGCUGGAGAGGCUUCUUCACGGAUGGCAGUAGGCGAAGGCAGACAAACCAGUCCACAGAGAUGAACACACCAGUCUGAAAGGAGACAGCUCAGAGCUGCUCAGCCUGACUGACCUGAGCAAUGAGGCAUUCAAACCCACAGACAGUUCUCCGUUUCACUGCUACCUUUCUGACUGACUGAUACUCCAGUGUCAGCUCGAUUUUAAAUUUCAUAUUUGAGGCAACGUUUCAGACACGAGCAGUAAUGACAAAGAUAUUGCAGAUAUUUAUCUGGCUGACGGUUUAAAAAAGUAGAAUUUCAUCCAUGCUGAAUAUUGCAAGGAGUGUUUUUUUUAAUACAAUGGAAAAUGUGCAUUUGAAAUACAUUUACAAUUUAAUCCAAAGGCAUCUGCACGUGCGGUUUCUGCCCCCACAGAGACAGGAUGCACUUCCUCUCUGCAAAAAGGCCAUAACCCGCUGGCACUAAAGGCAAUGCUCAAAAUCCUUCAUGGAGCUGUACUGAUCACGAAGGUGCUGAUCCUGCCCUCCCACCGUGUGCCCUUUAUACAGAUCCCAUUUUCAUCACAGCCAGACAAGCUAAAUCUACUGCAGCCACAUCGUCCUGCAGAUUUCACAGCUUGCUUUGUCUGCUUUUCUUCCGGUUUCCAUUUGGCAGAGGCAGGUUUCGGAUAAAUGGCACGAAAGCAAUAGCGAUUGGCGCAACUAUGAGAACCUUCAGCUCCAGCUGUCGCCAUUACUAAUGAUAUGUGGUUUGGAUGGGCCUUUUGAACCGUCCACCCUCUUGUUAUGGCUGUUUAUGUAAGAUAAAUAUGUGUGAAUAUUGAUCUGCCUGAACAGUCAAGACUGAAAUACAAUAAUUAAAAGUUACUGAGCUCAUGAAGAAAGAAGGGAGCAGAAGAAAACAGUAGUCAAGUCAUUUGUGUGUGUGUGAAAUAAUGUUGCAGAUAUUCCAAACUACAGUCAAGACUCUUAUCAAAGCAUAAAUUAGAACUUUAUUUUAUUAUUACAAUAUUACAAAAAGAGUAGCACAACUCUCACGCUCUUGCCUCUCAUCUGUCGUACAGAAUGACACGGAAGAGAGGCUGACGGACCUUCUUCCAUUUCACAGCAAUAGUACAAGAAACAAAGGAGAAAAUGAAAUUUAAAUAACAAGCAAAUCAAGUAUUAUAAAUAGUAACAACCGCAAACUGAAGCUUUGAAACUUGGAGAAAAAAAAAAAAAAUUACCGCUCCGUAACUACACAUUGCUAAAAUAUAUAAUUACAAAAUAUUCCUCCUUUUCUUGCUUUCCAUAAUGAAGAGUUUCAAAUGAAUUGCCUGUCUAUUCAACAAAACUUCAAUAAAAUAAAAAAAAGAUCAGGGAAAAGAAA